AUGCCUCAGUCAUUUACUUCGAUAAGUCUUCUUGUGAGUCGCUGCGUCAUGUCUGAUCAGCAAAACUGCCAACAGGAACACGACUCUUCAUCGCCAGUGUCGUGCUCAAAAACACUCCGAAAAGUUUGCCUUUUAUUGAUAUUAAUCCCUGUCUUAAUUGUCGUGGUCUUCAUUGCCGUAUGGAGGCCAAUCUUCGUCACGUAUUUCUACAGGUUUACGAAGCUCAUUGUAUUGUGUGUAGUUCGCGAUAAUCAGCGAGUUUUGGACAAUGAACUAGAGGCUGUUAACAAAGAAUGGAGAAUGUAUCGACUGGAGAGUCGUUUUGGUCAGGAUUGGUGCAAAGAGUAUGCUGAAUCACGGAGCAACGUAACAUGGCUAACCGCCUUAGUGAACGAUAAAUUAAUCUUCGCUUCACUGGUUCUGGGUCAUUCAAUACGAACAUUCUCUUGUCAGAAGAACAUGAUUGCGUUGAUUUCAGAUCAAGUAAGCAAAAAAAUGGUGAAAGCUCUUCAACGUGUUGGCUGGGAGACUCGGGUUGUGGAAGAACUAGACUGUGAAUGGAUGGAAGCGACGUUAGGAGGCGAAAGAAACUUCGAUUUUUUUAGGAAGAGCAGAAUAAAGGGAACACACACCAGAUUUCACGCAUGGAAAUACACAGAAUUUUCUAAAAUUAUUUACACCGAUGCUGAUUACAUGUUGAUGACAAACGUAGACGAACUGUUUGAUCUUGGAGACGACUUUGCAGCCGUCCCUUGUGGUAGACCCGGUGUUGUCGAUCCGUUUUUCAAUGCGGGAUUUCUCGUGUUUAGGCCCAAUAUGAAACACCACGAAGAAAUGAUGAAACUCUGGCGUGAACUCACAGCGAAAGACACGUGCCCUCACGACCAGGAUCUGCUGAACAUUUACUAUUCUAACAAGUGGAAAGAACUUCCCUACACUUACAACAUCAGGCGUCAUAUUUACAGACCCAUGAAGUCAUUUCACUUCGCCUGUUGUUAUCCGCCCAAGCCAUGGUCUGCCGAAUGUCGACCAAACAGGGAGGAAGCUUAUAACUUUAACUCCCCUAUUUUAACCUUCGAUGACAUUGCAAUGGUGUUCUGGAAGAACGCCUAUGAGCUGCUACAUAAAUACGAGCUUGAGGAUUGGUGGAGAUCUACAGAGUGGUUUCGUCCUUGGCAGGAGUUUGGAAAUACAACGUAUGCUGAUUGCUUGAGCAAUAUAUCCGUAAACCCUCAGCGGUAGAAAACCGCAACUUCUUGACUCCUCUACAAAGCUUUUAUUUACUAAUUUCACUCGAAUAAAGGGGGAGGGUCGUACACACUGCACAGAAUAUCAGCGCAUUCAGGAGAUAGGAAUCACAGCGAAGGAAGCCAUAUUAUUUGUUAUGCUUAGCGACCGCUCAAACAUGUAAGUGUGAAAUCAUUCAUGUAAGAUGACACUAAACGUGGCAUGUUUUAUGUCUUACUUACCCUGCAUAGCAAACGUUUCCAGUCGAGUUAUUGCGCGCAAGUUAAAACGGGAGCAAAAACCCCUCUCCUGUCAUUCCUUUUUUUUGCCCUCGUCUCAACUUUCUUGACAAACUCGCGUGGAAACGCUUGCUACGUAGGCUAUGUCUUACUGUGCUUUUUAACAACACUGCAAGGACGCAAGGGGACUGCAUUCUGCAUGCCCAAAAAAUCGUGCGUUUCAAGUUAUUUUGUCCAGAGUAGCAGCCCUCCCACCCACAAGUUCUCAGGGCUCUAACACGCCUUCCUGCCCAAAGAGGGGGCGUGACAAUACCAACGAAGGUGUGCGUGAGAGGACCCAGUUAAGUUGUUCGAAAGGUUGAUAAUACUAUCUCUGCCCAGUGGAGAAAGCAAUAAUGCUUUAACCACUGGAGGGUGGUUUAUCUGUUAAAUAGUGGCUGCGCUAUCUGAUGCUUUAGCAAGUGGGUGCAAGGAGAGAUUGUGAAAAGUCACUCGUGAGAGCCAUGCGAGAGGAGACGUGAUCGAACUGAUUGAACAGAUGGAAAGGGGAAAACAUGCUUCGCCACAUCCAGCACUCAGACCGCUUUUUCUGCCUUUUAAGCAGAGGUUGUUAUAUUAUAAUUCGACUAUUCAACCUAUAAUAUCUUACUGAUGCUGCCUAAGGUUAUCUGGUCAUGUUGUGAAUUAAAGGAAUCAUUAAAUAGACUUUAAAAAGCUGUAAAAAAGGGUGGCUAGGGUCAUUUCAUCUUCCAAUAAUGAUUUGCCAUCUGUAUAGUGUCGUCACGCAACACUCCUCCCACGAAGACGUUCUUAGGCGUUCGUCACACAAUCACAUACAAUUCAAACAAUUCAUACCAUUCUUUUUUCAAUUUCUCUUAGGGCCUGUUUACAUGAAGGUGGGGGACCCCAGGUGGGUGAGGUAACAUGUGGCGGGUUACCCCACCUAACAUGUAAACGUGAUCACAUUAAAGUGAGGGAUUAUAUGGACAGGUGGGUUACCCCACCUAAGCGGGUUACCUCACCUACCUGGGGUCCCCCACCUCCAUGUAAACAGGCCCUUAUUUGCAUCUCAUCAAAUAUUUAACAAAAGAAACUAUUGUAUUUAUGCUUCGUUCUUCUGUGUUUUCCUUUUUUUGUUUUUUUUUUUUCUAAGAAAAAGCGAUCCUGCGAGUGGCCGGGUAUUCCGAAAUUGCAAAUAAAAAUUUGAGGACGGGGGGGAGGGAAACAAAAUUUAGCCACAACAUAAAAAUUGUGUCUUACUCACUCGGACAAACACAGAACAGCUAGCAACAGCAACAGUCUGAGUGACGCGAAAUUAAGUGACUGACAAUAUAUCUAUGAUCAAGAAAGAACGAGUUUAUUACCACUGAAACGUUUACAAAUCACAUAUUUUACUUUUCUGAUGAAUUUCCAGUGUCAAUGGAUGUUGUGGUCAAUUGACUCAAAAACAAUAAUUCACGUACAAGCAUGAACUGCUUGUAGACAUUGUGAGAACUGCUUGUCUUUUCUUAAUUUUGACGCUAUUGUUCCUUUGAUAAAGUCAAAUAACAUUGCCUAUGAAAUGUAAACAUGUCUGAGAGAGCAAUAACGACUCGAUUGAAUCGAAUGAAAUUCAGGCUAGGUAGUUAACGGAUAUGAAAAUCGUUCGUGAAGGGUUCUUGAAACUGAACAUUCAAAAGUGAAAUCAUUUGUCAAGAUACUUGAGUGACGGUUACGCAAUCACACGUUCACGGUCCGAGUGGAUUGCUAAUUUUUUUUUAACGAUUAUUUUUUAUCAACGAGGGAUCCACUGUAAUUCAGGUUAGGCUGUAGUUGUCUCCCUGCCUAAUAAUUUUUAUGUAUUCAUGUAUAAACAGGGGCACCCAACGACGGUUUCCUCCUAAAUGCAUUGAAAACACUUUUUAGGCUAUCCAAAGUACUUUUAGAUCUUUAGAAAUACAUUCUUAUUGGCGCUAUAAAAUUUAUUUCUGUUCGUUCAUCCUAGGGGAACUUAAAUCUUUUCGAAAUUACCAGGGCUUCGGUAUUAUUUUCCCGAAAAUUUUAGAUGUAAUUUAAAGUUUUAUGAAGGUGAAGAUUUUUCUGAUUCCUAUUUGCAUCGCAUUUUCGAAUCCGAACAUUUUCUGUGAAAAAUAGCUUAAUCCAGGGAAAUAUUUAAACCUCAGAAAAUCGUAGGGAAUUUAUUAGAUAAGCUUCGAAAAUUAUAUGCAAUUUUUGCUUUUCCGAGCAUACUUUUUACAGAAAACAGCCGUUGAUUGUCUUGGUUUUCCGGAGCCGUUAGGCGAAGCUAAAAAAAUAAAUAAAGUAUAUUAAUAAUUAAUAUCGCCCAUCGAGAGUGCAACAUGGCGAAUCUAAUAGAGUUGCGAACGAUUUUUCUGUGGUCAUUUAUCCCUAUCGCAAUUUUCACGGUCAUUAUUUGUUCAUGGAGGCCUAUAUUUAUUGCGUAUGGCUUUAGAUACGUGAAAAUCGUCUUUUCAGAAAUUUUACGUGAUAAACAGAGGUUUAUAGACAAAGAACUACAAACUGCUACAAACGAAUGGAGACUUUACCAGAUGGAGAGUCUCUUUGGCCAAGAAUGGUGCAAAGGAAACGAUGAACCAAGAAGCAAUGUAACAUGGCUAACAGCUUUGGUGAACGAUAACUUAAUUGUACCUUCACUGGUGCUAGGCCAUUCAAUUCGCACUUUUUCUUGUCAGAAAAACAUGAUUGCGUUAAUUUCGGAGCGAGUCAGCGGAACAGCGGCGAAAGCACUACAGCGUGUUGGCUGGGAGACUCGUGUGGUCGACGAACUAGAUUGCAACUGGAUGGAUGCGGAAUUAGGCGGUCAAGCAAACAUGGAUCUUUUUAAAAAGCAACGAAUAAAGGGAACACACACCAGAUUUCAUGCUUGGAAAUUCACGAAUUAUUCCAAAAUUAUUUACACCGAUGCCGACUACAUGUUAAUGACAAAUAUUGAUGAAUUGUUUGACAUUGAAGACGACUUUGCAGCUGUGCCUUGUGGAAGACCAGGGGUAAUCGAUCCAUGCUUUAACGGAGGACUACUCGUGUUUAAACCCGAUAAAAAAUACUUCGAUGAGAUCAUGAAACUUUGGUUUGAAAUCACGGUGAAAGACACUUGCCCAAACGACCAAGAUUUGCUCUCCUUUUAUUUUGUAGAUGCCGGCAAAUGGAAUAAACUUCCGUAUGCCUACAAUAUUAGACGAAUCAUUUAUAGGCCCUUGAAGUCGUUCCACUUUGCCUGCUGCUAUCCGCCAAAGCCGUGGACUGCAAAAUGCAGGCCAAGUAGAGAAGAAGCGAAACUCUACAAGGGACCAAUCUUAACUUUCGACGACAUAGCCUUACUGUUUUGGAAGAAUAUUUAUGAACUUCUGACGAAAUACAAGCUCGAGGACUGGUGGAGGUCUACGGAGUUUUUUGACCCUACGCAGGAGUUUGGAAAUACUUCUUACGCUGAUUGCUCGAAGAGUAUUCGUAGGCGUAAAAACAGCAGUAAAGGAGAAGACUGA